UCGCAAUGCAUUAUUGAUAAUAAUAAUUACUGGGACAUGCGCGUUCCGGCCGAAGGGGGGUAAAAUUUCCCAACUCCAGGAAUUGGUGGUGAAGAGGGGGCAAGGCACCACGGCUCUUCCCGGCGCCCCGAUGCGCGCACCAUGUCGAGGCGCAAGCAGGCGAAGCCCCAGCACAUCAACUCGGAGGAGGGCCAGGGCGAGCAGCCGCUGCAGCAGCCGAGUCCCGACUUCGCAGAGGCGCUGGCGGCGGAGGAACUGGGCGCUCCAGUGAACUCUCCGUGGAAUGGCGGUGAGGUGGCAGAGGACGCAGCCCUGGUGAAGCGGCCCCGGCGGGAGGAGACUCACAUCUGUGAGAAGUGCUGUGCGGAAUUCUUCAGUCCCUCUGAGUUCGUGGAACACAGGAGAAGUUGCACCAAGCACCCUCCUGUCCUCAUCAUGAAUGACAGCGAAGGGCCAGUGCCUUCAGAGGACUUCCCCAGAGCUAUCCUGAGCCACCAGCCGGACAGCCCAAGCAAUAAGGACAGUCAUCAGGAGAACUGUGGCAGCUCAGGGGACUUGAAGGAAAAGCUGGGCAUGGACUCUAUCCUUUACUUAAAGACAGAGGCUGCCCUGCCACCCACACCCCAGGACAUAAGCUAUUUACCCAAAGGCAAAGUGGCCAACACCAAUGUGACUCUGCAGGCACUCCGUGGCACCAAGGUGGCAGUGAAUCAACGGAGUGUGGAUGCCCCUGCAGUGCCCGUGUCGGCUGCCCACAGCAUCCCGUGGGUCCUGGAGCAGAUCCUGUGUCUGCAGCAGCAGCAGCUGCAGCAGAUUCAGCUCACGGAACAAAUCCGAGUCCAGGUGAAUAUGUGGGCCGCUCACGCCCUCCACUCAGGAGUGGCGGGUGCGGACACUCUGAAGGCCUUAAGCAACCACGUGUCUCAGCAGGUGUCAGUAUCCCAGCAGGUGUCUGCUGCAGUGGCCCUGCUCAGCCAGAAAACCUCAAACCCGUCUCUGUCUCUAGAUUCCUUGAAACAAGCCAAGCUACCUCAUGCCAGUGUCCCUUCGACAGCAAGCUCGUUGUCUUCGGGGUUUACACCUUUCACCCUGAAGCCUGAUGGGACCCGGGUUCUCCCAAACAUUGUGUCUCGCCUCCCGAGUGCCCUGCUACCUCAGACCCCGGGCUCUGUGCUUCUGCAGAGUCCCUUCUCCACCGUGACACUAGACCCAUCCAAGAAAGGAAAAGGGAAGUCCCCAAACGUCUCUGCCUCUGCUGCGUCGGAUGUCAAGGCCAAGGACGAGGGCGUCCUCAGCAAGCACAAGUGUAAGUACUGUAGCAAGGUUUUCGGGACUGAUAGCUCCCUGCAGAUCCACCUCCGCUCCCACACCGGAGAGAGACCUUACGUGUGCUCUGUCUGUGGUCACCGCUUCACCACCAAGGGCAACCUCAAGGUCCACUUCCAUCGCCAUCCUCAGGUGAAGGCAAACCCACAGCUGUUUGCCGAAUUCCAGGACAAAGUGGCAGCAGGCACCGCCUCCCCUUAUGCACACUCUGUCCCCAUCCCUGUAGACGAAUCAAGUCUCUCUGCAGACACUGAGCCUGUUCCUGUCACAGGAACCCCUUCCAUAGGGCUACCUCAAAAGCUCGCUUCAGGGCCUAAUUCCAAGGACCUCAUGGGUGACUCCCUACCCAACGAAAUGCAGCCAGGGCCUUCUCCAGAAAGUGAGGUGGGACUUCCACUACUUGGGGUAGGGAUGACACAUAAUCCCCCGAGGGUUGGGGCCUUCCAGGGCAGUGGGACCCCUGAGUCAGGGUCAGAGACUCUGAAAUUGCAGCAGCUCGUGGAGAACAUCGACAAGGCUACUACCGACCCCAACGAGUGUCUCAUCUGUCAUCGAGUCCUCAGCUGCCAGAGUUCCCUCAAGAUGCAUUACCGAACCCACACAGGAGAGAGGCCGUUCCAAUGUAGUGUCUGUGGCCGGGCCUUCUCCACCAAAGGCAACCUGAAGACGCACCUCGGAGUUCACCGAACCAGCACGGCCGUAAAGACGCAGCAUUCGUGCCCCAUCUGCCAGAAGAAGUUCACCAACGCGGUCAUGUUACAGCAGCAUAUCCGAAUGCACAUGGGAGGCCAGAUCCCCAACACGCCCAUGCCGGAGAGUCCCUGUGACUUCACCACAGGUCCCGAGCCCAUGGUUAUCAGCGAGAAUGGUGGCCCCGGCCCCGGCCCUCAGGAAGAUGCCAUGGAAGGCAUUGGAGCAGAGGAGGUCUGUUCCCAGGAUGCUCCUGGUGGCGCCUCAAAAGUCUCCACACCAGUUCCUAGUACCCACCUGGCAUCGCCCACUCUGGGCUUUUCUGUGAUGGUGCCUGCGGAUGCUCCAGGGAAGGGGGCUCUUCCCACUUUGGUCCUGCAGCGACAGAGCAGCCGAGAAAACGGCUCAGCAGAGAGUGACAACUGCUUGACCAAUGACUCGUCCUCGCUCAUGGGUGACCAGGAGUGUCAGAGCCGAAGCCCAGAUACCACGGAAACCAUGUGCUUCCAGGCAGUGUCCCCUGCCAAUAGCCAAACAGGAAGUGUCAAGUCCCGGUCUCCCGAGGGUCACAAGGCUGAGGGCGUCGAGAGCUGCCGAGUGGACCCAGAAGGUCGUCCCGGCCUCCCAUCAGCAUUUAUCCGUGCCCAGCCCACCUAUGUCAAAGUCGAAGUUCCUGGCACCUUUGUGGGACCUUCCAGCAUGUCCUCAAGCAUGACACCUUUGCUGGCAUCGCAGCCACGUCGACAGGCCAAGCAACACUGCUGCACUCGGUGUGGAAAGAACUUCUCAUCUGCCAGUGCCCUUCAGAUCCAUGAGCGGACACACACGGGAGAAAAGCCUUUCGUGUGCAACAUAUGCGGCCGGGCUUUCACCACCAAGGGCAACCUGAAGGUACACUACAUGACCCAUGGGGCCAACAAUAACUCCGCCCGUCGGGGCCGGAAGCUGGCCAUAGAGAACGCCGUGGCCGUGCUGGGUGCAGAGGGAAAGAGGGUGCCUGAGAUGUAUCCCUCGGUGCCUGUGGACCCCACCGCAUGGAACCAGUACACCAGCGUCCUCAACGGGGGACUGGCCGUGAAGACCAACGAGAUCUCUGUGAUUCAGAGUGGAGGCAUCCCCACCCUGCCCGUGUCCCUGGGGGCCAGCUCUGUUGUGAGCAAUGCCACGCUUUCCAAGCUAGAGGUCUCUCAGAGUGGGUUGAGCGGAAACGUGGAAAAGCCUGCUGUUGCCGACGGGGUGGCCAAGCACCAGUUUCCUCACUUUAUAGAAGAAAACAAGAUUGCCGUCAGCUAAGGUGGAAGAGGAAAUC